GGGAGCGACGGGGGCCGUGACCAGAUUGCGUGCGCGCGCGCGCGCGCAGAGCCCACGUGCGGCACCCGCUCGGCCCGGUCCGGCUCCGCCCCGCUCCUCUCCCUCCGGACCCGUCGGGCCAUGGGUUCCGGCCGGGCCGCAGACUCGGUGCGAGCGCGCUACCUCGUGUACUUCCAGUACUUAGGCACGGACUUUAACGGGGUCGCGGCCGUCAGGGGAACCCAGCGUGCCGUCGGGGUCCUGAACUACCUAGAGGAGGCCGCAGAGAGGCUGAACUCGGUCUUGCCGGUCAAGUUUAUCAUCUCCAGCCGCACAGAUGCUGGAGUCCACGCCCUGAGCAACGCUGCGCACCUGGAUGUCCAGCGCCGCUCAGGCCAGCCGCCCUUCUCCCCUGAGGUCCUGACCCAGGCCCUCAACACCCACCUGCGCCACCCUGCCAUCCGGGUCCUGCAGGCCUUCCGAGUGCCCAGCGACUUCCAUGCCCGCUAUGCAGCCACGUCCAGGACCUACCUGUACCGCCUGGCCACCGGCUGUCCCGGGCCUAGCCAGCUGUCAGUGUUUGAGCGAAACCGAUGCUGGGCACUACGGGCUGACUGCUUGGAUGUGGCUGCCAUGCAGGAAGCUGCCCAACACCUCCUGGGGACACAUGAUUUCCGCGCCUUCCAAUCAGCCGGCAGUCCAUCCACUAGCUCUGUGCGCACACUGCGCCGAGCCUCAGUGUCCCCCGACCCAGCCAGCCCCUUUGUCCUCCCCCAGGAGAGCAGGAGGUUGCAGUUCUGGACGCUGGAGUUUGAGAGCCAGUCUUUCCUGUACAGACAGGUGCGGAGAAUGACAGCAAUCCUUGUGGCCGUAGGGUUGGGGGCCUUGACACCCACUCAAGUGAAGGUGAUUCUGGAGAGCCGGGACCCACUGGGCAGGCAUCAGACACGUGUGGCCCCAGCCCAUGGCUUGUUCCUGAAGUCGGUGCUAUACAGAGACCUUGAGGACCUGGCGGCCAGGAAUCCAGCCUCUGCCCAGCAGGAAAGCCCAGCUCUGCUGGGAGACUUCAGGCCAGAGACCAGCAGCGCAAAGGCAGGCGGCCUGGAGUGAAUCCUGCCUCCAGCGAUUCCAAAGCUGCCGGCCUCAAGUGCUCUGUGGGGUCCAUGGCACUGAAGCAGCAAAUGACCCUCAACGCCCAGCGAACCUCAGGGCUGCCACAGCCCACUAGCCGGACCACUGUGACCCGCUCUGUCAAGUACUCAAGUGUCUGGGGCCACAGCAGGCCUCCCGUCUCCCUGAGUCCCUUGUGCGCUGGGUGCCCAUCUGCCCCAGGUGGGCUGCCCCAGGGGUGGGCAUGGGAAACGGAUGUCAGCAUCAUGAAGGAAAAACACAAGCAGCCUUUGGUUCAGCGUGUAAUGUGCAUUAACACCCCAGACCCAAAAGUAGAAAUAAAAGGUAAAGGGGC